GUACCAAAGGUUUCAUGUGAAGAAAACGAUCUUGCGUUGGAUAUUGUAACGGCUCAACCAUUUUUGGGUAAUAUCUUCGUGAAGGGGCAUUCCAAAGAUGUUGAAUGUCGACGAUCAUUUGCCAUCAACAACACAAACUCCUACGCCCUUUCACUUGGCAAUUGUGGAAUGCAGCGUCUUCGAUCGGUGAAUCCUCGAGGAAUAAAUUUUGUGGUUACACUAAUUGUGUCAUUUCAUCCGAAUGGAUUCAUUACGAAAAAUGAUCGUGCAUUUCACUUGAAUUGUUUUUAUAUGGAACGCAAUGAAAUUCUUACUGCAGCCAUUAGAGUCAGCGAAUUAACGUCAUCUGUGCUAUCGCAUGAACCAGUCAUGCCAACGUGUAAAUAUUCUGUAAAACGCGGAAGUGUGAAUGGACCACAAGUAAAAUUUGCAAAUAUAGGCGAAACGGUAUUUCACGUUUGGGAGUGCAACGGUGGCGGGAUGGGAAUGCUUGUUAAAAAAUGUUUUGUCACGGAUGGUGAAGGUGAACAACAUGCAGUGGUCGAUUUGUACGGAUACAAAUCAAUUGUAUUUCACAUGUCAAGUUCAACUUUGUCAGAAAAUCUUAGGGCUAUGCUAUGGAAUCACGUUUUUUCUAUCUUCUUGCAGCCACCCAAUUGUAAAAGACAUCGAGAACGUCGACAAUCAGUGGAUACGAAAUUAAUGAAUGACGAACGUUUCGAAGUAGAUCUAGUUUCACCACAAAUGUUGAUUGCUGAUGUUGACGAAGAUGUUACACGAAUCGAUGAGCAACAUUCUUCGAAUAUGAAUUUGUUGUGCACGUCUCAAAUUCUCAUCGCUCUUUUGCCAUUCUGUGUACUUACUGUAAUUGCGAUUGUUUGCUCGAUAGUUAGGCUUGUUUGCGAUAAACACUCAUCAACAGAAUCUACGAAAUCCUCUUCUUCAUCGUUUUUCUGUAACUGUCUCUCAUCUUGUAAACCUUAUUUGCCUGCAUAA